AUGAAAAAGUAUUAUAGUGAAAAUUUGCAGGAUUAUUGCAUUUUCUAUAAAGAUAAAGAACUUCCUGCUAUAAAUAAAACAGAUAAAUUUAAAAAAGCUUUGAUUUUAGAUUCAAUUAAGGAAUAGGAACAUCCUCUUAAUCAAAUAAUUGAAAAAAAAUAAAUUUUUGUGCCAUUUAUUAAUGAAAGAGAUGGUAUGGGAAGAUUGAUUUCAAUAGAAUCUUAUCAUAGAAAAAGAAAAAGUGAUCUUACAAGUCUCUUUAAUUCUCCAAAAAAUAGUCAUGAUUUCUUAAGUAAGAACUCCAUAUCAAAUACUUGUAGCAUUAAUGAAAAUUAACUACCUGCUGCAAAAUUAAAAUUAAAAAAUCUUUUAGGAAGCACUCAUGAAAAUACUGAAUUAUUUUAAUCUACUUUAUUGGCAACUUAAUGUGAAUUUAUACAAUCAUUUCAAUUUAAUUCAAAUCGCAAAUAACUUACUUUUAGAACUCAUAAGAAAAAUAAUAGUUUAUAAUAUAGACUACCUUUAUUUACAAAAGAACAUAAAACUCAUUAAUUUAAAUUAUUCAAAUAACCAAACACUCCUUAAGCUACAAGAUUUUAUUAAAGCAACUUUGUGAUUGAAAUGUUCAAUCAAAACAAGUAAUUCAAAUUGUAAUUUAAAUUAGAAUUCGUCAAUAUAAAUUGCAAUAUAUAUUGCUGAUUGAAAAAAUAGAAAAGUUAUAAACUGAAUUGAUAAAAAAUUUAUCAGCUAACGAAAGACGAAGAACGUUCGUUAAAUUGAAUGGAAAUAGAAGAUUCAAACUAAGUUUAUUUUUAUUACUAUCUAAACCACGCAUUUAAUAUUAGAUGCUAUAAUGA